CACAUCAUUCGAACUACAGUUCUCUAUCCGAGCAGAUCAUUAACAACCAUCCUUCAAAAUGUUCGCCGAAACCGCUCAUAUUUCCAACUUCAGCGAAGUGCCCGAGAAGCAGUCUCUCACCGGUGCCUCCACCAACAUGAAGAAGCUGCUGAAGACCAUCAAGAAGAUCUUCAGGAGCUCAAAGCCUGCAAAGGAGACCCCGAUCUCCAACGUUCUUCACUCCUGCCACACCGAGGAGGAGCACCAGAACUGGCUCAACGAACAAAUGGAGGCCAAGGCAAUCCACCUCCUCCACUGACUUCUUCUGGGACAAUCUCCUCCAUCGAGUAUCUGUGAUGUGACCCAACUUAGGGUCUAUAAAUCGGCACGUCGGCUUUAAACUCCAACUGUGAUGAUGAGAACACGAGACUGACUGACUUGUGUGCCUCGGAAGCGCCAAACUUCGUCGCUUCCGCCAACUGUACAUAUCAACUAGCUGCUAAAAAGUCUUCAAUAAUGCUUUAACUUAGCUGUAAUCAUUGUCUUCCAUUAGUCUUAAGCGAAUCAUUGUCUUCCAUGUUUGUUUGUUUAGGGUCAAAAUUAGAAUAAGAAUAAAAAUCCCUCGAGGAAAAAAAAAAAAAUAUUAUUG